AUGGAAGAAUACACUGACGGCGCUUUCGCCAACCGUGGCGGGCCUAAUCCUGUGAUCCACGUCGAUCGAGAUCGGGAUGAUGCGUACUCCUCUGACCAAGACCAAGAGCCAGACCCAGACCAGAACGACGUGAAAGCUCCCUCUAAUGAGCGAAAGCGGGAUAGAUUAAAGAGGCAUGGCAAGAACAUCAAGCAGAACUUGUGGAAGGCGCAUGACAAAGCUUCCGAUCACCAGUCAAGUAUGCAGGACCGCCUGCUCGAGAAGCUCCUCCAACAGAUCAUCCCUAUCGAAGACCAAUCUUCCCAUCAAGGCUUCUCCUCGCAAUCCGAAUAUCCUACCCGCCCCUCCUUCAACUUACCUACCAUGUCGAAUAACUUCCGCCGCUUCAACGCCCGCAUCGGCGUCGUCUUUGUCUUUCAAUCCAGCCUCAUUGCUCUCUUCACUUGGAGGCACCCCACCCAUACAAUGUCAUUCCUCUCUAUAUACACCUUCCUCUGCCUCGAUCCAUAUCUUCUGGCGGUGGUUCCCUUGGUGUUCCUCAUAUUAGGUUUGCUGAUUCCAUCCUUCAUCGCUCGGCACCCCGCGCCUCCGUCCGCAAUUUCAACCAUCUCCCCGUCACUCCCAUAUCCAACAACGGGCCCGCCAUUAGCGCCAGCGCCAACAGUCAAGCCAGCAAAAGAACUCUCUCGAGACUUCUUCCGUAACAUGCGUGAUCUCCAAAACACCAUGGAUGACUUCGCUCGAGCCCACGAUCAAAUAGUCCAGCUACUUAGUCCGCCCACAAAUUUCUCGAACGAGGCGUUAUCUUCCACUCUCUUCCUCUUCGCAUUUCUUGCUACUCUCGCAAUGCUCAUAGCGAGUCACCUUCUUCCCUGGCGUACGACCUUCCUCCUCGCGGGAUGGGCCAUUACCUGCUUAGGGCAUCCCACCAUUCAGCGAAAAUUCAUCUCCAUGCAUAAACAACACUUACUAGAACACAGAAUAGCCGUUCAAUCAUGGCUCAACGCGUGGACCUCACAUGACAUUAUUCUUGAUUCAGCGCCCCAAACAAGAGAGGUCGAGGUCUUUGAACUAGAAAAACUCUCAUCGAUAGGGGAAUGGGAGCCAUGGCUAUUCACCUCAUCGCCAUACGAUCCUUUAAGCGAAAGCCGGAUUCGUAGCGAGAGACCGCGCGGAACGCGCUUCUUUGAGGAUGUGCGCGCACCCGAGGGAUGGGAAUGGAGCGAGAAGAAAUGGGCACUUGAUCUAUGGAGCCGGGAGUGGGUUGAAGAGAGGAUUAUAACCGGCGUAGAGGUAGAGACGGAAGGCGAGAGGUGGGUGUAUGACCUGCGCUAUGAGGCAGAGUAUGACGAUAGAAGCGAAGUUGGGGAUGUGGAUUAUAAUACUACGCUCAGGAAAGGAGAGAAUUUAAAAGCAAAAAGGAAAGUUUUGCCUAGUUGGGAGGAGGGCAGUGAUGCUGAGAGUGGAGGGAGAGGACGACGUGGAGAGUGGAGACGCCGAAGGUGGGUGAGGAUGGUGAAGAGGAAAUGGCAAGCGGGAAAGUCGGCCGAUCGUCCUAGCUGA